AUGCACAAUGGAGAGGAGGGCCAGGGAGAGGAGGGCCAGGAGAGGAGGGCCAGGGAGAGGAGGGCCAGGGAGAGGAGGGCCAGGGAGAGGAGGGCCAGGGAGAGGAGGGCCAGGGAGAGGAGGGCCAGGGAAGAGGAGGGCCAGGGAGAGGAGGGCCAGGGAGAGGAGGGCCAGGGAGAGGAGGGCCAGGGAGAGGAGGGCCAGGGAGAGGAGGGCCAGGGAGAGGAGGGCCAGGGAGAGGAGGGCCAGGGAGAGGAGGGCCAGGGAGAGGAGGGCCAGGAGGGAGAGGAGGGCCAGGGAGAGGAGGGCCAGGGAGAGGAGGGCCAGGGAGAGGAGGGCCAGGGAGAGGAGGGCCAGGGAGAGGAGGGCCAGGGAGAGGAGGGCCAGGGAGAGGAGGGCCAGGGAGAGGAGGGCCAGGGAGAGGAGGGCCAGGGAGAGGAGGGCCAGGGAGAGGAGGGCCAGGGAGAGGAGGGCCAGGGAGAGGAGGGCCAGGGAGAGGAGGGCCAGGGAGAGGAGGGCCAGGGAGAGGAGGGCCAGGAGAGGAGGGCCAGGGAGAGGAGGGCCAGGGAGAGGAGGGCCAGGGAGAGGAGGGCCAGGGAGAGGAGGGCCAGGGAGAGGAGGGCCAGGGAGAGGAGGCCAGGGAGAGGAGGCCAGGGAGAGGAGGCCAGGGAGAGGAGGGCAGGGAGAGGAGGGCAGGGAGAGGAGGGCAGGGAGAGGAGGGCAGGGAGAGGAGGGCAGGAGAGGAGGGCAGGGAGAGGAGGGCAGGGAGAGGAGGGCAGGGAGAGGAGGGCAGGGAGAGGAGGGCAGGGAGAGGAGGGCAGGGAGAGGAGGGCAGGGAGAGGAGGGCAGGGAGAGGAGGGCAGGGAGAGGAGGGCAGGGAGAGGAGGGCAGGGAGAGGAGGGCAGGGAGAGGAGGGCAGGGAGAGGAGGGCAGGGAGAGGAGGGCAGGGAGAGGAGGGCAGGGAGAGGAGGGCAGGGAGAGGAGGGCAGGGAGAGGAGGGCAGGGAGAGGAGGGCAGGGAGAGGAGGGCAGGGAGAGGAGGGCAGGGAGAGGAGGGCAGGGAGAGGAGGGCAGGGAGAGGAGGGCAGGGAGAGGAGGGCAGGGAGAGGAGGGCAGGGAGAGGAAGGCAGGGAGAGGAGGGCAGGGAGAGGAGGGCAGGGAGAGGAAGGGAGAGGAGGGCCAGGGAGAGGAGGGCCAGGGAGAGGAGGGCCAGGGAGAGGAGGGCCAGGGAGAGGAGGGCCAGGGAGAGGAGGGCCAGGGAGAGGAGGGCCAGGGAGAGGAGGGCCAGGGAGAGGAGGGCCAGGGAGAGGAGGGCCAGGGAGAGGAGGGCCAGGGAGAGGAGGGCCAGGGAGAGGAGGGCCAGGGAGAGGAGGGCCAGGGAGAGGAGGGCCAGGGAGAGGAGGGCCAGGGAGAGGAGGGCCAGGGAGAGGAGGGCCAGGGAGAGGAGGGCCAGGGAGAGGAGGGCCAGGGAGAGGAGGGCCAGGGAGAGGAGGGCCAGGGAGAGGAGGGCCAGGGAGAGGAGGGCCAGGGAGAGGAGGGCCAGGGAGAGGAGGGCCAGGGAGAGGAGGGCCAGGGAGAGGAGGGCCAGGGAGAGGAGGGCCAGGGAGAGGAGGGCCAGGGAGAGGAGGGCCAGGGAGAGGAGGGCCAGGGAGAGGAGGGCCAGGGAGAGGAGGGCCAGGGAGAGGAGGGCCAGGGAGAGGAGGGCCAGGGAGAGGAGGGCCAGGGAGAGGAGGGCCAGGGAGAGGAGGGCCAGGGAGAGGAGGGCCAGGGAGAGGAGGGCCAGGGAGAGGAGGGCCAGGGAGAGGAGGGCCAGGGAGAGGAGGGCCAGGGAGAGGAGGGCCAGGGAGAGGAGGGCCAGGGAGAGGAGGGCCAGGGAGAGGAGGGCCAGGGAGAGGAGGGCCAGGGAGAGGAGGGCCAGGGAGAGGAGGGCCAGGGAGAGGAGGGCCAGGGAGAGGAGGGCCAGGGAGAGGAGGGCCAGGGAGAGGAGGGCCAGGGAGAGGAGGGCCAGGGAGAGGAGGGCCAGGGAGAGGAGGGCCAGGGAGAGGAGGGCCAGGGAGAGGAGGGCCAGGGAGAGGAGGGCCAGGGAGAGGAGGGCCAGGGAGAGGAGGGCCAGGGAGAGGAGGGCCAGGGAGAGGAGGGCCAGGGAGAGGAGGGCCAGGGAGAGGAGGGCCAGGGAGAGGAGGGCCAGGGAGAGGAGGGCCAGGGAGAGGAGGGCCAGGGAGAGGAGGGCCAGGGAGAGGAGGGCCAGGGAGAGGAGGGCCAGGGAGAGGAGGGCCAGGGAGAGGAGGGCCAGGGAGAGGAGGGCCAGGGAGAGGAGGGCCAGGGAGAGGAGGGCCAGGGAGAGGAGGGCCAGGGAGAGGAGGGCCAGGGAGAGGAGGGCCAGGGAGAGGAGGGCCAGGGAGAGGAGGGCCAGGGAGAGGAGGGCCAGGGAGAGGAGGCCAGGGAGAGGAGGGCCAGGGAGAGGAGGGCCAGGGAGAGGAGGCCAGGGAGAGGAGGCCAGGGAGAGGAGGCCAGGGAGAGGAGGCCAGGGAGAGGAGGCCAGGGAGAGGAGGCCAGGGAGAGGAGGGCCAGGGAGAGGAGGCCAGGGAGAGGAGGCCAGGGAGAGGAGGCCAGGGAGAGGAGGCCAGGGAGAGGAGGGCCAGGGAGAGGAGGGCAGGGAGAGGAGGGCAGGGAGAGGAGGGCCAGGGAGAGGAGGGCAGGGAGAGGAGGGCAGGGAGAGGAGGGCAGGGAGAGGAGGGCAGGGAGAGGAGGGCAGGGAGAGGAGGGCAGGGAGAGGAGGGCAGGGAGAGGAGGGCAGGGAGAGGAGGGCAGGGAGAGGAGGGCAGGGAGAGGAGGGCAGGGAGAGGAGGGCAGGGAGAGGAGGGCAGGGAGAGGAGGGCAGGGAGAGGAGGGCAGGGAGAGGAGGGCAGGGAGAGGAGGGCAGGGAGAGGAGGGCAGGGAGAGGAGGGCAGGGAGAGGAGGGCAGGGAGAGGAGGGCAGGGAGAGGAGGGCAGGGAGAGGAGGGCAGGGAGAGGAGGGCAGGGAGAGGAGGGCAGGGAGAGGAGGGCAGGGAGAGGAGGGCAGGGAGAGGAGGGCAGGGAGAGGAGGGCAGGGAGAGGAGGGCAGGGAGAGGAGGGCAGGGAGAGGAGGGCAGGGAGAGGAGGGCAGGGAGAGGAGGGCAGGGAGAGGAGGGCAGGGAGAGGAGGGCAGGGAGAGGAGGGCAGGGAGAGGAGGGCAGGGAGAGGAGGGCAGGGAGAGGAGGGCAGGGAGAGGAGGGCAGGGAGAGGAGGGCAGGGAGAGGAGGGCAGGGAGAGGAGGGCAGGGAGAGGAGGGCAGGGAGAGGAGGGCAGGGAGAGGAGGGCAGGGAGAGGAGGGCAGGGAGAGGAAGUUCCAAGAACAUCUACCAGCCAGGGCAAGCAGCUGCUUUUUAUGCCGUGAAGUGGUGGGAAUUACAGGGACUCCCAUGACUGCCUUCACCAACACCAGCAGAAUUAGCCUCAGCCAGGGGCUGGCUGAAAUUAUACAUAUGAGGAACAUAGAAAUUGACAGAAAAGGAAUGCUCUGUGAAGCAUGCUGUUCUGAAAUUAAUGAGGUAGAUGAGAAGGAAAUGCGAGUAAAGCAGCUUAAGAAAUUAAUUAUACUUCGUGUGCUCGCCAGGGACCCUGAUUAUGAUACAUUUAUUAAACUACCUGUAGCUAAAGUCAUGAAAGUUAUAAUGUUUUAUGAUAGAGAAAAUAACCAACAACAAAAGCAACAUUUGAAGAGCUCUUCUUAA